GUGUGUGUGUGUGUGUGUGUGUGUGUGUGGUCUGUGGUGUUGUUUUAAUUCAUCUAUUUAUUUUACAUCCCAGCCGAAGCCUACCCUCCCCCAUCCUCUCCUUCUAGUCCCUUCUCACCCCCCCUCACCCCCUCCACCUCCAAUCUCCUCCUCUUUCUUCUCUCUCCAGGAAAGGGCAGGUUUCCCAUAAGUAUCAAUAAAACAUGGCAUAUCAAGUUGCAGUAAGGCUAAGCACCCCUGCAUGUAUUAAGACUAGGCAAGGCGAUCUAGUAGGAAUAGGGUCCCAAAAAUCAGUAAAAGAGUUGGAGACAGCCCCUGUUCCCAUUUUUAGAAGUCUCACAAGAAGACCAAUCUACACAACUGUAACAUAUAUGUAGAGGCCUAGGUCAGCCCCAUGCAGGCUCCCUGGUUGUCCAUUCAGUCUCUGUGAGCCCCUAUGAGCCCAGAUUAAUUGAUUGUGUGAGCCUUCCUGUGGUGUCCUUGACCUGUCUGGCUGCUACACUCCUUCCCCCUCCUCCCCCUCCUUCCCUUCCUCCUCUUCCUCCUCCUCCCCCUCCUCACCCUCACCCUCUUCAGGAUUCCUGAACUAGAUCGUACCUCUCUGAUGACAAUUGGGCCAGGCACCAAUCUGGUCACAGGAGAUGGCCAAUUCAUGCUACUAACCACUAUUGCUAGAAGUCUAAAUUGGGAUCCUCCUCAUAGACUCCUGGGAGAUUCCCCUGUGCCAGGCUUCCACCUAACCCCCCAAAAUGCCCACUCCUCCAGCAGUUCUUUUCAACGCUCUCCCUCUCAAUGCCUUCCCCUAACCUGAUCACUCAUGUUCCCAUCCUCACCUGCCCUCAGUCCACUCACAAAAUCUCUACUAUUUCCCCUUCCCAGGGAGAUCUGAAUGUCCCCUCAUGAACCCUCCUUGUUACCUAGUCUCUCUAGGUCUGCAGAUUAUAGCAUAGUUAUACUUUAUUUUACAGCUAAUAUCCACUUAUGAGUGAGUACAUACCAUGUUUGUCUUUUUCAGUCUGGGUUACCUCACUCAGCAUGAUUUUUUCUAGUUCUAUCUAUUUGCCUUCAAAAUUCCUAGUGUCCUUGUUUUUAACAACUGAGUAAUACUCCAUUUUGUAAGUGAACAUUUUCUUUAUCCAUUCCUCAGUUGAGGGACAUCUAGGUUGUUUUCAGUGGCUAUUACAAAUAAAGGUGCUAUGAACAUAGUUGAGCAGGUAUCCUUGUGGUGUGAUUGAGCAUCCUUUGGGUAUAUGUCGAAGAGCGGUAUAGCUGGGUCUUGUGAUAGGUUGAUUGUUAGUUUUCUGAGAAACUGCCACACUGACUUCCAAAGUGCCUGUACAAGUUUGCACUCUCACCAGCAAUAGAGGAGUGUUCCCCAGGUGGUGCAUGCUUUUAAUUUUAAUUUGCUUUUUUUUUUUUUUCCAUUUGGGAGGCAGAGGCAGGUGCCUCUUUGUGCAUUCUAGGUGAGCCUGGUCUAGUGAGUUCCAGGACAGCCAGAGCCUCCUAAUAAAGAGACUGUGUAUUAGUCAGGGUUCUCUAGAGCAGUGGUUCUGAAUCUGUAUCAACCCCUUAGGGGGCUGAAAGACCUUUUCACAGGGGUCGAAAAUUAUAUAUCCUGCAUAUCAAAUAUUUACAUAAUGACUCAUAACUAGCAAAAUUAGUUAUGACGUAGCAAUGGAAAUAAUUUUAUGGUUGGGAGUCACCACAACAUGAAGAACUGUAUUAAAUGGUUGCAUCAUUAGGAAGGUUGAGAACCACUGCUCUAGAGAGGAACAGAACUUACAGAAUGAAUGUGUGUAUAUAUAUAUAUAUAUAUAUAUAUAUAAAUUAUUAAUGGCUUACGGACUGUGUACCAGCUUGUCCAACAAUAGCUGUCUACCAAUGAAAGGUCCAAGAAUCCAGUAGUUGUUCAGUUUAUGAGGCUGGAUGUCUCAGUUGUUCUUCAGUAUAUACUAGAAUCCCAAAGAAAUAGGCUCUAAUGCCAGUGAAGGAAUGGAUUUGCCAGCAACAGCAAGUGGACAAAUACAGAGCAAGCUUCCUUCCAUGUUCUUUGUACAGGCUACAGGCAGAAGGUGUGUCCCAGAGUAAAGGUGGAUCUUCCCACCUCAACUGAUUACAAGUUGGUCUCGCCAGGUGGUAGUGUCGCAUGCCUUUAAUCCCAGCACGGGGAGGCAGAGGCAGGUGGAUCUCUGUGAGUUUGAGGUUAGCCUGGUCUAUAGAAUUAGUUCCAGGGCUGCCAGGACUACACAGAAAAAGCCUGUCUUAGAAAAAAAAAGCGGGGAAGGGCUUUCGCUGCCUGACGCUGCUGAGGUGGGCCUGUCUGCAGCAGCCGACAUGCGCUACGUCGCCUCUUAUUUGCUUGCGGCCCUUGGGGGCAACUCCUCUCCCAGCCCCAAAGACAUUAAGAAGAUACUAGAUAGACAGCGUGGGCAUCGAGGCAGUGAUGACCAGCUCAACAAGGUCAUCAGUGAGCUGAAUGGAAAAAACAUUGAGGAUGUCAUCGCCCAGGUUGUUGGCAAACUUGCCAGUGUGCCUGCUGGUGGGGCUGUGGCUGUUUCUGCUGCCCCUGACUCUGCAGCUCCUGCUGCUGGUUCUGCCCCUGCUGCAGCAGAGGAGAAGAAAGACGAAGAGAAGGAGGAGGAGUCCAAGGAGUCAGAUGAUGACAUGGGAUUUGGCUUGUUUGAUUAAAUUCUUGCUCCCCUGCAAAUA